GGUCAAACUGUCAAAUGCACUUCAAUUUUGACAUUUCACGCCAAUGCACAUUUUGUAUUGUCACAUUUUGAAAUCGGUAUUUCAAAGUUAGUAAUUUUACUUGAUAAAUAACUAUUGUUUCAACAUGAGACGAGGCGGAAGAAUACGUGGUCGGGGCCGUAACCAGCCUGCGAGACUGGGACAAGUAGAGCCGCUUAUAUCUGAACGUAUGCAGAACAUAGAUAUGGAGCUUGAACUACUGAAGCAGAAAAGAGAGAUGAUCGAACAACAACAACUGAUGCUGGAAAACCAGAGAAUGUACGACCAACAGAGAAAGUACGCGUUCGACAAGCCUCGUUAUGAAGAAAUGUACGACGCACCAGGGCCCAGUGGGGCUGACAAGAAUGUGUGUUUCUACGAUGACACUAUUCGAGGGCUAGACUACAUCCCACUGAGCUCAGCUAGGAAGCGUCCAGCAUCCAGUCCGUCUAGCGUCCAUGACAGCUGGCCACACGGCGCGAGCGCUAAACACGUUUCACGCAAGGGUAACGUAAUCCAAAGCUUUGGAUCCCGACUUGGCCCUCAGCCGCCUAAAAAGCGAGGCAAAGGCGCUAACAAACCCGUCCCCGUGGUGCCUCCUAAGAAAAACAUCGUGGAUGAACAGUUCAUGCUGCGGCCAGACAGGGAGCCCAGUGUCAAGGUUAAGGGUCGGCUUGAGUUAGCCCUUGGGUCCAUAUUAAAGGAGAUAAAAGAGAACUACGCUAAUGACCCACAGUUCGAGUCUAAUUUGCGCGACAGUAAAUUUUUGGUCGCAUUAAAGACGGCUAUAAGGGGACGUCUGAGGUCUCUGAUGAUGAAUAAAUUUGUAGCACAUGGACAGAUAAUAUUUACGAUGUAUCGGGAUAAAUACCCCAUUAAUCAGGACACGUUAUUCCUGAAGAAAGUGAUGAAGGACGAAAUCCGACACAAUGAAAUCAACCAUCCAAGCCCCCAAGAACUGAAGCCCCCACUGAACGAAGAUUUUAUUGCAGCUCCAAUGAAUCCGGCAAAUUACAUCAAGAAUGAAGUGGGAAAGGUGCUGAAUGCGGAAUUACGCGAAAUAUUCCGCAAGCUUGAGAUAAUACACAAUCCAAAAAUAAAAGAAAAAGAAAAGGCGCGAAGACUCGCGAAGGAAUCAGUGGAUCCGAGCAUGUUUGAAGAAAAUGAAAACGACACCGAAGAGAUAAGACAAUGGAAGUGGGACACUCAUCAGAAAAUACGACAAAAGUUACCGAAAGCGUUGAUUAGAAAUGUGCCCCUGAUACUAAAGCUGCUCAGGUUAGAUUUGGUGUACAUAAACACUUGGACGCGCCUCAUGGCCAACGCCAAGGAUGUGGACGAGGGCGGCGUGCACAAGUUGGAAGUGGGCAUCCAAGAGGAAUCUGCUUUUGCACCAAGAUAUUGCGCCAAGGUGCGUGGACAUCCAAAACUGCCGCCCAAGAUCCGCCAGUUUCUGGAGCCAUUCAAGCCAAUAUGGGUGAAGAGAAACAAGAUGGUCAGGAAUUUAGUUUACGUAUCGUUUAGAGACCGCACUGGACUAGAACAACUGUUAAAGAAGAAUGGAACUGAUUUUGGUCAUUGCUUUUUGAGAAUAUCCGCUCGACUAUUAAAAAAAGAUUCGAAUGAAAAGACCAAAACUAGGCCGAAAGUGACUAAAAAGAAGCGUCGCAGUAUCGCAUUCAGCGAACGAAAAAAACAAGAGGCGAAAUCAGCUGACGAUAGCCUUAACAUCUCAUCUGAUGUGGAUAAUCAAAUAGACGAUUUACUCUCGUCAAUACGAAACGCUGAAGACCGAGAAACGGAUUUAAACACAGCCAUAUUGGUUACUGAAGAAAUAAAAACUGAUUUUAACGAAUCACAGAAUGAUAAACAUGAUCCCAAAGGAACUAAUGAGGAUACCAGUGCACACAAAAAUGAAGAAAGUAACAUUGCAAUUGAUAAAAUAGAUGGAAAUGUAAAAUGUGAUCCUAAUGAAGGAACCAAUGAUCAAAUAGGUGACAUAAAAGAGGAAAGUGAUAUUCAAGUAAAGACUGAUACAGAAGAUUCCAAGAUAGAGGGUGAUGUUAAAGAGGCAGCUACAGGCAAUUCAGAAAUUAAGGAUUCAGUAGAUGCGGUAGAGGAUGCACAGUCAUCUGAUGUAAAACCAAAUUAAAGUGACAUAAUUUGUUGUCAAAUUUUCAAUGACAAUGAAAAUAGUCAACAUUUCGCUGAAAGUGAUCUGAGGAAUAUUUUGUAACUUACAAAGAUGUUUUUAUCGCAAAUCUAUCCAAGGAAUAGUAUCGGAUUGCGGGUAGUGUCAACUUAGACACAUUAUUUGUUGAUUCUCUUCGAUAUAUUAUAAAUAAGUCAUUUUGAACUCGACACUGGGUAUUUAGAAUAUAUAUGUUUUAUUUUUCAUAUUAUGCCGUGCAUAAGAAGUGGUAUAGUGAUUGUGAUUUGGUUUGUGACUUAUUAUACCAAAAUGAUGAUUGUGAGUUGAAAGGGAUAAACGCGUUAAUAUAAGUAUGAUUAAAUACAUAUUA